AUGAAGGUGGGUGACCGUGUGGGUAUCGGUGCGCAAGUGUGGGCCUGCCUCAACAAGUUCCCGGACGAUCCGUGCAAGGAAUGCGCCAACGGCAAGGACGCCUACUGCCGCCACCACGUGGGCACGUACAACUCGAAAUACCGCAAGACGGACGACGCAAUCACGUACGGCGGACAACAUCCGUCGGACGUGGCCGCACCGCUGUUGUGCGCCGGCACCACCGUGUUCACUCCGUUCAAGGAGGUUGGUAUCAAACCUGGUGACCGCGUUGGUAUCGUGGGCGUUGGAGGGUUGGGCCACCUGGGCAUCCAGUUCGCCAAGGCUAUGGGUGCCGCUGCAGUGGUGGCCUUCUCCCGUUCAGCCAGUAAGGAGCAGGAGAUCCGUCGUCUCGGUGCAGAUGAGUUCGUCGUGUACACAGACGAGAAGCAGGCGGCAGACGCAGCCAAGUCGGUUGACAUUCUACUGAUCACAGCCGACGCCAACAACAUGCCCUACACGCUGUUCCUGAGCUUUCUGGCGGUGCACGGUACUGUGAUCAUGGUGGGUCUGCCCAAUGAUGAGAUCAAGUUCAAGCCGUUCCCGCUCGUAGGCAAGGGCCUCAAUUUUAAGGGCAGCGCCAUCGGCAGCAUCCAGGACAUCAAGGACAUGCUGGAUGUGGCGUCCAAGAAGAACGUACGCCCUGUGAUCCAGAAACUUCCCAUGAGCAAGGUGAACGAGGGCAUCCAAAUGGUGCGCAACGGCACUGUGCGCUACCGCGUCGUGCUGGAGAACUGA